AUAAAUUUUUCGCAUUUUGGCUUUUAAUAUCCGGGAAAGCUCGAAGAGCCCGGUUAUAUUUUCUACUCUACGGUCUCUACCGUUUUGCUUGCGCCAUUCGGGCAGUAUAUACAAAAUAUAAGCCCAAAUGUAAGCAACUAACUGAAGCCAGCCGAGUACUUGCAGUUAAUUGUAACGGCGUUGCGACACUCGGGAGUUUCCUUUCGCGCUUCCCACUCCCAUCUGGUUUGUUGGAUAAUUAAAACUAGGUGGCACAGAUUUAUGGUGACUUCAAUCAAGCACGGUAACAUGCCGAGGGAAUUAUCGAGCGGAUGCGCGAACAACACAAGGAAAUCAUCGGCGUAACAGCGUUUCGGUACAGGAAAGCGGUAAACAGGAUUUAUAAUUCCACGAACAGAUUUCUGUCCUCAUAAGGGCUCAAAUCCUGUUGGAUUCCCGGUUUGGAAGAGCUUGUCGUAAAAAGAAUUACUAAUGAUAAUAUCACAUGGAUCCCGAAUCGUGCCGGUGAUUAUAACAUCAUAUGACGUUAUAUGUUGGGUCUCUCUCUACUUUGACCCAGGUUGUCAUCGCUCUCAGUUUUCAGUGAACGGUUGUGUCUUGUGUGCAUCGUUUUACAAUUGUUUUCGCUGAUAUGGGAUUCAAAAAGUCAUUUACUUUUUCCGUGAACAAAGAACUGUUCUCCUCAUAUCCAGAAAUCUUAACAGAAUCCGUGGUGGUCUUGUGGUUCGCGUGUGAAAUUUGUAUGAAAUUCGGUUUGCGUGUCCUACCGGAUUGGCGUACCAGUCGAUUAGAUCCCGAUCACUACAACUCUUUCGAUUCCCUGCUCGAACUGUCUGGACUGAAGGUCAAUGCAUGCUUCUGGGAUGACGUCAUGUCGGGAUGGAUGCAACCACAUCCGGUCACCAUUAACCAGUCGGCUGGGUUGGUUGUGGUACCACCUUCUUCAUCGAACGUUCUCCUCGCUUACGUGGCCACUGUGACAACCAUUCUUCUAACGGCAUUCCUCGGCAUCUCGUUUUGUUACCUGGUAUACGAAAAUCGCGACCGGACAAUUCCCUUACCGAAGGACCACCUGUUGCGCUGCCGUGGACUGGCGGCGUUAGGCCGUUAUAAGUUUAUUCAGGCGGCCGUCAAAAUUCCUCUGCCACUGCCAGCUUACAUUUUUGCCGUGUUGGUUGGUUGGUUGACUGUUGUCAUCAGCUCAGUAAUCCACUAUGCGUUUUGGAUGGUUGUCGAGGUCCUGCCAGUGGUGGUCCUGGCAUGGAUGUCAGUCAUAAUGGCCAUGACUGUAUUUGGCCCAUCCACGGUGUUCCCUGGCUGUAUCCUCUUCGCUAGCAUAUUGAUCAUGUAUUGCGCCGGCCGAAUUUGGGGAUUGUGGAUGAAUGAGACCUAUCAUGCACUAACUAUAAAGAAAAUUAGGAAGCUGAUUGCUGCGAAAUCCAGUGUAAAACCGACGUUAUCGAUCAUUACCUCACCGGGAAAGCCGAUCGUAGUCGCAGGCACGGACCCUUACUAUGAAGCCUGGAAAAUCUCAGUCUGUUACUUCUUGGUAUUCUGUUCGGGAUGCCUUGCCGCUUAUUACAACGUCUGGCCAUUGUGUCGAAAAUUUCCUACCGUUAGUCGAUGGCAAAGCAACAAGGAUAGCGCCAACUGGACCUACUGGCAGGUUGUCAAUCUAACGGGGACCUGCAGCAAACACGGAACAGGUUUCGAUCAGGGGAUCGCGAUGCUGUCCUACUGGGUGGAUUUGCAGUCGGAGGAACUGCAAUCAGCGCAUACCGGCAAUUCCGAUCUGCUGGCCAGCUUCACUCCGUCGUACCCACGCGUCGUCAGCUGGAUAUUCUUGGUGUGGAGUGGAGCGCUGUCCGGCGCCAGUGGUCUGCCCUACGCCGUCCUGCGUUAUGCGAAGGGUAUCUUCGUUGGCUUGUUCGUAUUGAUUGUCGGGGGACUGCUCGUCCACGGCGGUGUCCUUGUUUACUAUAACAAAUGGCGUCGGUGUGCCCUAGUCCAGCGGAGCGUGGUGGCUGACGACAGUGAUGAACCUCUACUGGUGCCUGCUAACGUUGCGGCGGAGGAGAGCGGUUUAAUGAACGACGCGCCAUCAGAUCGUGUUCCAUUAUUGGCUGAUGUAAAGACAGAUGUUACCUGCAUUGUGUUAUCCGAUCAUUUGCAAGAUCCCGCCACUAACGACCACGUCAUUCCGGAAGCCAAGGACGAACACGGUGCGCAGGUGGCUAUCGAAUGCACACCCAUGGCUGCGCCACAGAACACAGUGGCUACAGGGCCCUUUUGCGUGUGCGAACAACUGAGCACUAUUUGGUUGUUCGUGGUGGUCGCGCAUUGCCCGGUAGUCUGCGGCGUGCUGCUCCCGUAUUCGGUGGUGGGGCUGUUCCUGUGGGAAGAACUGCAGUUACCCGCUCUGCUGCUGCUGCUCACGGCCUACACAGUGUGGGUCUACCGCCGAUUGGUGAUGCUUGUGUGGUUGAUGUGGUACGGUGAGGAGAUUAUUAGAAAAGAAUACGAAGUCCGCUGUGGACUCCGUUGCGCUUGCUGUGGAGAGAUGAUUCCGGCGGACGAGCUGGAGGAAAGACUAGUGGAGCCGCUGCUCACGAAAUAGUGCGGUUGGUUUCUGGCUGCUCCGUUAGUAUUCUUCGGCAUCGGGAAUUAUUAUAAUUGUGGCAGGAAAGAUCGAAUUCUCGUUUCGCACAUAAAUUCGCCCAAUCCAUUUUCUAUCUCUAAAAAUAAGCAAAUGUGUUUAAACUGAACGUUUCUAACAUAUGAACAUAAAAGGGAUUAGUAAUCAGCAUGAAAUUUAAUUUUUGGGCCAUGAUCUUUGUCCAUUUUAAAAAUUUCAUGUUUAUAGCUAUAGGCUACAAUAUUAUUUUUUGCAUUGCCGGUGCUGUGAAAAUUACUGUUAUGAAAUUGUGUGCACAUUUAGCUUAAU